AUGCGUAUACAAGCAAUCCUCAGCCUCCUUUCGUCCACGCCUUAUGUCCAGGAAUACUUCAACGUCACUCACAAUGUCUUGAACCAUCUUGGCAGCAUCUCUCCGUAUCAUCGUGCUCGCCAUCACGAUGCUUCACAAAUUGAUUCAGAACUACCUAGCGACUGUACCGUUAACCAAGUAAUGCUUAUGCACCGUCAUGGCUCUCGUGGUCCCAUUGGCGAGCACAGAUACAUAGAGCGGUUGGUUCAGACACUCGAUAACGCAGCGGAUGUUAUACAGGAAGCAGAACUACCUCGCGAGCUCGAGUUUCUGAGAGCAGGGUAUAGUUCUAACCUGACGCCGCAUAACCUGACUAUACUUGGGCGCAAGGAACUCUUCGACCAUGGCGUUGAGUUCGCAUUGAAGUAUCCACACCUGACAACCGACGUCGUCCUAUCCAGCGAUUCGGAUCGCGUGGUCGAGUCUGCACAUUGGUUUGCACUGGGUUUCUUCGGACUUGAUCCAGAUGUUCGCAUCAUAACUGUCGGUGACACAGAUGAUCCUGUUUCUUGGAUCACUCCUGCACCAGGACCCGCUUGUCCUAAAUUUGACUACAGUUUUGGAAGGCAGGCGACGUUGACGUGGAGCAAACACUAUUUGCCUGCAAUCACUGAUCGCCUAAACAUGUUUCUACCUGGAGUCGGAUUCGCUGAAGAUGAUAUUCAUGGGGCUUUGUUUGCCUGUGCCUAUGACAUGGCUGCUCAUGGUGUUUCCCCUUGGUGUGGCGUUUUUCGACCCGACGAACUGGCUAAUUUCGAAUACGAGAGGGACAUCUUAAUGGAUGCUUCAUGCGCUUACACUUUACCAGAUAAUAUGGCCCCCCUCGUGGGGACGGUGUUUGUGAAUAAGCUGAUUGAGCGCUUCACAGAUUCUAAGGGAGAUAGCCGCCCGUUGUAUCUUGAAUUCGGGCAUGAUGUCACAAUUUUGCUUGCUCUAUCGGCCGUAGGUCUAGCAAAAGAUGAUCCACCUCUGUCCCCCAACGAGUUGCGUCCCGACCGGAAGUUCCGGACAUCUGAACUUACACCUUUCGCCGCCAAAAUGGUUUGGGAAAAAUUUACAUGCACAAACUCAUACGAUGGACCUCAGAUCCGCCUUAUCCUAAACGACGCCACCCUUCCUUUGUCUAUCUGCGGUAAAGAUAUGGAUGCUAGACUUGGAACAUGCUCCCUCGAUACUUUCGUCAAUGCGAACCAUUACAGCACAAGUAUUCGGUUCCAAGAUAAGACCUGGAACGCGACUUGUGGUGUUUGA